UAACGAAAACUAGAUUCUCUUUUAGCGCCUUCCCCAUUUUCUACGCCGAAGGAAAACCCCGCUCCGAAAAAAAAUGGCGGUUCUCUCUCUUCUCUGAACCGCCAUUUUCUAACACUCUUUCCACUCCCGAAAUCUCGCGUUCUCAGUCCUUUCCUCAGCAAUUUUCCCGUUUCUCGAACUACUCAAAUUCUCUUUCCUCUCAGAAAUCAUCCUCUCCCUUUUCUUACUUUAUAUCACUAACCCUAUCGUUUCUCUAGGGUUUUUCUUCUAUUUCUUCUCUCUUGAGUAAAAAACGCGAAUUUCUCGUCCACGACAUAUCGCCAUCAGCGGAAGAUGAGAUGAAGCGCGUUUUCGAAGAAAUCUCCGACGAGGAGUGGGAGGACCACACCUUCAAGCUCUCCAGGGCCCUCAAAAAGGACAAAUCCCCACCGCCGAUUGAGUCCUUUGCUUACCGGUCCAAGAUCCGCGAGAAUUCAGAUCGGAACGGCAGCGCUGAGCUUCUCGAUAUGAAUGAGGAGAAUUUGGAGGAUGAUGAUGUGGAGGUGACGGAGGUUCGGCCGCAGGGGAACCGGGCCCGCCGUUUCGUUGUGGACGAGGACAGUGACGAGGAUUAUUCAGAAGUGUUUGAGAUUCCAACUUCUGAUGAAGAAUACGAGGAAGAAGAAGAGGAAGAAGAAGUAGAUGAUGAAGAUGUUGUGGGUAAAGCAUUGCAGAAAUGUGCAAAGAUUUCAGCAUCGUUGCGUCGAGAGCUAUAUGGUUCUUCGGUGGUCCCGGCAUCGUGUGAUAGGUAUGCCGAAGUUGAAACUUCUUCGGCAAGGAUUGUGACGCAGGAAGAUAUUGAUGCAGCUUGUGCAUCUGAAGAAUCGGAUUUUCAGCCCAUUCUCAAACCAUACCAGCUUGUGGGAGUGAACUUUCUUCUUCUGUUGUACAGGAAGAAUAUUGGAGGAGCCAUCUUGGCAGAUGAGAUGGGGCUUGGUAAAACUAUUCAGGCUAUCACAUAUUUAACUCUGCUGAAACACUUGGACAACGACCCAGGUCCCCACUUAAUUGUUUGCCCAGCUUCUGUUUUAGAGAAUUGGGAAAGAGAGCUUAAAAAAUGGUGCCCAUCAUUUUCUGUCCUCCAAUUUCAUGGGGCUGGCCGUUCAGCCUAUUCGAAGGAGUUGAGCUCUUUGGGCAAGGCUGGUCUUCCACCUCCAUUCAACGUGCUAUUAGUCUGCUACUCACUUUUUGAGCGGCACAGUGCACAGCAGAAAGAUGACCGUAAGGCGCUGAAGCGUUGGCGAUGGAGCUGUGUUAUAAUGGAUGAAGCUCAUGUUUUAAAGGAUAGAAACAGCUAUCGAUGGAAGAACCUAAUGUCUGUUGCACAAAAUGCACAACAACGCCUGAUGCUGACAGGAACACCUCUUCAAAAUGACUUACAUGAGUUAUGGUCAUUGUUGGAGUUCAUGAUGCCUGAUAUUUUUGAAACUGGAGAUGUGGACCUGAAAAAGCUAUUGAAUGGAGAAGAUAAAGAUUUGAUUGCUCGUAUAAAGUCCAUUUUGGGACCAUUUAUUUUGAGGCGUUUAAAAUCAGAUGUGAUGCAGCAACUUGUCCCAAAGAUACAAGAGGUCAAGUAUGUAUGCAUGGGAACAGAACAGGCCAGCACUUAUAAAGAAGCCAUUGAUGCAUAUCGUGCAGCAACUCAAGCUCGCAUGGCAAAGCUUUCGGAGGUUAUUUCCAAUAAUAUUGCUGCCGUGCUUCCACGGCGUCAGAUCUCCAACUAUUUCGUGCAGUUCCGCAAGAUUGCAAACCAUCCAUUACUGGUCAGACGUAUAUACAGUGAUCAGGAUGUUGUUCGUUUUGCUAGAAUGUUGCAUCCAAAAGGUGCAUUUGGCUUUGAAUGCACAUUGGAUAGAGUGAUUGAUGAGCUUAAGAGUUACAACGAUUUUGUGAUUCACCGGCUUCUAGUUUCAUACUUUGGUAUUGGUGCAAAGGGAACUCUUUCAGAAGAACAUGUUCUGCUUUCUGCAAAAUGCCGGGCAUUAGCAGAACUUCUCCCCUCUUUAAAGAAAGGUGGGCACCGGGUUCUGAUUUUCAGCCAGUGGACCUCAAUGCUUGAUAUUCUGGAGUGGACUUUGGAUGUCAUUGGAGUUACAUACAGACGUCUUGAUGGCAGUACUCAGGUUACAGAAAGGCAGACUAUAGUGGAUACAUUCAACAAUGACCGUUCAAUCUUUGCAUGCUUGCUUUCGACAAGAGCAGGAGGGCAGGGGCUAAACUUGACUGGAGCUGACACGGUAGUCAUACAUGACAUGGAUUUCAACCCACAGAUGGACCGCCAAGCCGAAGACCGCUGCCAUAGAAUCGGCCAAACGAAACCUGUCACCAUUUACAGGCUUGUAACCAAAGGAACCGUCGAUGAGAAUGUGUACGAGAUUGCAAAGCGGAAACUGAUUUUGGAUGCUGCAGUGCUUGAGAACGGCAUGGAGUUGGAUAGUGAAAAUGACAUAUCCGAGAAGACUAUGGGAGAGAUUUUAUCUGCCCUCUUGUUGGGGUAGAAGUCAUACGGACAUCCCAAGGUUAAGACUGUUGGGUUUCUGUGCUCCAUGGUUUUGGGGUGAUUGAGAUUGAAUUAUACAGAUAAAAAGGCAAGUUGUUGAAGAUUGCCCGUGCAAGGCGGGAGGUCUAUUCAAUCAACAUUCUAUGGAGGGAAUUGAUUGAUAGCUGUACCAUGAAGAAAAAGGAUGUAUGUAAUUGAUUAGACUCUCUACCUAAAGCGAAUGGUGCGAUGGUUGAAAAGGGACAUUGUGAGGUUUGCAAUCCAUCCUCACGUCAAAAUGAGUUGUGUUGUGGAAGGUGGGGCUGGAUUUGAAGCAGACAUCCCACACCCAUUUAACUAUGUAGGUGAAAACGAAAUACAAUGCUAUAAGCCAUUCGAUCUGAUUCUUACCGGACCAUGUGAACAUAAUGUGGUAAAUGAGAUGGCUGAAGAAAAAAAGGUUCUUAUUUCUAUUUA